AUCAGAACAGCAAGGGAGAGGGCAGCUUGCCGGAAUGACGGACAAACAGGAGGCAGCCGAGGGGGAGGGUGCCGAGGGCUGGUUCGAGUUCCCUCGCACCUACCGGGAGCUGCUGCUGUUCUUCUGCAGCCACACGACUGUCCACGGGGCCGUGAGACUCAUCUGCAGCGAGCGGAAUCGCAUGAAGACCAGUUUCUGGGCAGCGGUGCUGGCCCUCAGUGUGGGAGUCAUGUACUGGCAAUUCGGGAUCAUCUUCCAGCAGUACUGGCAGUUCCCAGUGAGCAUCCAACUGAGUGUGGACACCAGGACACUCAAAUUCCCGGCAGUCACCAUCUGUACACUCAACCCGUACAGAUACAAGGCUGUUCGGAACGACCUGCAUGAGCUGGACCAGUUGACCGAGGAGGCCCUCUACGCCCUCUACGGCUACAAGCGUCCCUCCCCGGGGCCAGGCCCUCACCGCGCCCCCUCCCCCCGGCGGCGAGAUGCCUUCCCGCGCCGGCUGGGGCUGCGGCUGAUCGACCCUGGUAGGCGGCGCGGCCUGGCGCUGGAGAUCGGCGCCCGGCGCUCCCCGGCGACCAACGGCAGCAGCGGGCACGGGGCCUGGCUUCACAACCCGCCCCUGAGCAGGAACAGCUCCUGGAAGAUCGGCUUCGAGCUGUGUAACGAGACCGGAGGCGACUGCUUCUACAACUGGCACUCGUCCGGGGUGGACGCGGUCCGUGAGUGGUACGCCUUCCACUACGUCAACGUGAUGGCUCGAGUCGCCAGGGUGCCGGGACCCCUGGGUGAGGCUCACUUCGCCGACUUCAUCUUCGACUGCACGUUCAACGGCUGGUCGUGUGGAAAGAGUAACUACACAACAUUUAAUCAUCCAAUCUAUGGCAACUGUUACACCUUUAAUGGGAUUAACAGCAGCUACCAGUGGCAAACAUCAAAAGCUGGGAAAGAUAACGGCCUGUGUCUGCUAGUGAAGACCCAGCAGAAUGAUUAUAUCCCCCUCCUCUCCACUGAUGCCGGUGCUCGCGUGAUGGUGCAUGAGCCAAACAAGGCUCCCUUCAUGGAGGACGGAGGCUUCGAUAUUCGACCCGGUGUGGCAACUUCAAUUAGCAUGAGGAAGGAGGAGGUGAUUCGCCUGGGAGGUGACUACAGUGACUGCACACAGGACGGGAGCGAGAUUGGGGUGCCAAACCUCUACAUGUCCGACUACACCCAGCAGGCCUGUGUUCGAUCCUGCUUCCAGAUCACCAUGGUCUCUCGCUGCGGCUGUGCCUACUACUUCUACCCACGACCUCCUGGGGCUGAGUACUGCAACUACAACAAGCACAUCGCCUGGGGACAUUGCUACUAUCGCUUAUCCAAAGAAUUCUCCGCUGAUGUCCUGGGCUGUUUCAGAACAUGCCAGAAACCAUGCCAGCAAACAGAAUAUCAGAUGACUGCAGGAUAUGCAAAUUGGCCAUCAAAGAAUUCAGAGAGCUGGAUCUAUCCUGUACUCCACAAUGAAAAACAGUUCAGCAGCUCAAACAGGAAGGAAAUUGCCAAACUGAACCUGUUCUUCCGUGAGCUGAACUACAAAACCAUGAGCGAGAACCCGGCUCUCCCCGUGGUGUUGGUGCUGUCGAACCUCGGAAGCCAGUGGAGCUUGUGGUUCGGGUCCUCGGUGCUGUCGGUGGUGGAGAUCCUGGAGCUGGUCGUCGACCUGGGGGUCCUGAGCACCGUCCUGGUGCUGGCCGCCCUGCGCCGGCGCCUCCUGGGGGGGUCCGGACCCCCUCCCCCUCCCCCUCCCCCUCCCCCGCCCCCACCGUUGCCCGAGCCGCCCCACCACCCUUGCUGCCGGCGCCCCAUCUACCCGCACGCCCGGCGGGACCCCGGCGCCCACCUGGGGGCCUUCGACUCCCUGGCGGACUCCGCCCUGCCCCCCACGUACGACUCGCUGGACCAGCGGGGGAGGGGGGGUGACCAGGAGGGGGUCAGCCCGGGUCCCGAGGGCCCAGGGGGAGGGACGGUCACCUACCUCUAG